CAGAACCGCCCUGAGCCUGCACUGUCAUCCCCUGACUCGGAGACCACAGAGAGAGCCCUGUCCAGCGCCACCAUGCCUGAUGUGGAGAUGGCUGAAUUUGGGGAGGCCGCCCCCUAUCUCCGCAAGUCGGAGAAGGAACGGUUGGCUGCCCAGACCCGCCCCUUCGACCUGAAGAAGGACAUCUUCGUCCCUGAUGAAAAGGAGGAAUAUGUCAAGGCCACCAUUGUCAGCCGUGAGGGUUCCAAGAUCACUGCUGAGACCGAACAUGGCAAGCAGACAGUGACAGUCAAGGAGGACCAGAUCAUGCAGCAGAACCCCCCCAAGUUCGACAAGAUUGAGGACAUGGCCAUGCUGACUUUCCUCCAUGAGCCCGCCGUCCUCUACAACCUCAAGGACCGCUAUGCAUCUUGGAUGAUCUAUACUUACUCAGGGCUCUUCUGUGUGACUGUCAACCCCUACAAGUGGUUGCCUGUCUACAAUGCUGAGGUGGUGGCUGCCUACCGGGGAAAGAAGCGGAGUGAAGCUCCACCCCACAUCUUCUCCAUCUCUGACAAUGCCUACCAGAAUAUGCUGACAGAUCGGGAGAACCAAUCCAUCCUCAUCACCGGAGAAUCCGGAGCAGGGAAGACUGUGAACACCAAGAGGGUCAUCCAGUACUUUGCUGUCAUCGCUGCCAUCGGUGACCGAGGCAAGAAGGAGGCGGGGGCUCCGGGCAAGGUAACGGCAGGCACCCUGGAGGACCAGAUCAUCCAGGCCAACCCUGCCUUGGAGGCCUUCGGCAAUGCCAAAACUGUCCGGAAUGACAACUCAUCCCGAUUUGGAAAGUUUAUCCGGAUCCAUUUUGGGGCCACUGGGAAGCUGGCAUCAGCUGACAUUGAGACCUACCUCCUGGAGAAGUCCCGUGUGAUCUUCCAGCUGAAGGCUGAAAGAAACUACCACAUUUACUACCAGAUCCUCUCCAAUAAGAAGCCUGAGCUGCUGGACAUGAUGCUGGUGACCAACAACCCCUAUGACUAUGCCUUCAUCUCCCAAGGAGAGACCACAGUUCCAUCCAUUGAUGAUGGAGAGGAGCUCCUGGCCACAGAUAGUGCCUUUGCUGUCCUGGGAUUCACUCCAGAGGAGAAGAACUCCAUCUAUAAACUGACAGGAGCCAUCAUGCACUUUGGCAACAUGAAGUUCAAGCAGAAACAACGGGAAGAGCAGGCAGAACCAGAUGGCACAGAAGAGGCAGACAAGUCAGCUUACCUAAUGGGGCUGAACUCAGCUGAUCUUCUCAAGGGGUUGUGCCACCCUCGGGUCAAGGUGGGCAAUGAGUAUGUCACCAAGGGGCAGAAUGUCCAGCAGGUGAUUUAUGCUGUCGGAGCCUUGGCCAAAGCCGUGUAUGAAAAGAUGUUCAACUGGAUGGUGACCAGGAUCAACAAUUCACUGGAGACCAAGCAGCCACGGCAGUACUUCAUUGGUGUGCUGGACAUUGCUGGCUUUGAAAUCUUUGAUUUCAACAGCUUUGAGCAGCUCUGCAUCAACUUCACCAACGAGAAGUUGCAGCAGUUUUUCAACCACCACAUGUUCGUGCUGGAGCAGGAGGAAUACAAGAAGGAGGGCAUUGAGUGGGAGUUCAUUGACUUUGGCAUGGACCUCCAGGCCUGCAUUGACCUCAUUGAGAAGCCCAUGGGGAUCAUGUCCAUCCUGGAGGAGGAGUGCAUGUUUCCCAAGGCCACAGACAUGACCUUCAAGGCCAAGCUCUUUGAUAAUCACCUGGGCAAGUCGGCCAACUUUGGGAAGCCACGCAAUGUCAAGGGGAAGCCAGAGGCCCAUUUCUCUCUUGUCCACUAUGCUGGCACAGUGGACUACAACAUCAUCGGGUGGCUGCAGAAGAACAAGGACCCCCUCAAUGAGACAGUGGUGGGGCUCUACCAGAAAUCUGCCCUGAAGCUCUUGGCCAACCUCUUUGCCAACUAUGCUGGGGCUGAUGCACCUGUGGAGAAGGGGAAAGGAGCUAAGAAGAAAGGCUCCUCCUUCCAAACGGUCUCUGCCCUGCAUCGGGAGAAUCUCAACAAGCUGAUGACCAACCUGCGGUCUACCCACCCUCAUUUCGUUCGCUGCAUCAUCCCCAAUGAGACCAAGUCUCCUGGUGUGAUGGACAAUCCCCUGGUAAUGCAUCAGCUGCGCUGCAACGGGGUGCUAGAGGGCAUCCGCAUCUGCCGUAAGGGCUUCCCCAAUCGCAUCCUCUAUGGGGACUUCCGACAGCGGUACCGCAUCCUGAACCCUGCUGCCAUCCCUGAGGGGCAGUUCAUUGACAGUCGCAAGGGUGCUGAAAAGCUCCUGGGAUCCAUUGACAUUGACCACAACCAGUACAAAUUUGGACACACCAAGGUCUUCUUCAAGGCUGGGCUGUUGGGACUUCUGGAGGAGAUGCGGGACGAGCGCCUCUCCCGCAUUAUCACCCGCAUCCAGGCUCAGGCCCGAGGGCAGCUCAUGCGCAUCGAGUUCAAGAAGAUCCUGGAGCGCCGAGACUCACUGCUGGUGAUCCAGUGGAACAUCAGGGCCUUCAUGGGGGUGAAGAAUUGGCCUUGGAUGAAGCUCUACUUCAAGAUCAAACCCUUGUUGAAGAGUGCUGAGACAGAGAAGGAGAUGCAGAACAUGAAGGAAGAGUUUGGGCGGCUGAAGGAGGCCCUGGAGAAGUCGGAGACCCGGCGCAAGGAGCUGGAGGAGAAGAUGGUCUCCAUGCUGCAGGAGAAGAAUGACCUUCAGCUCCAAGUCCAGGCCGAGCAGGACAACCUCAAUGAUGCUGAGGAGCGCUGUGACCAGCUGAUCAAGAACAAGAUCCAGCUGGAGGCCAAGGUGAAGGAGCUGACAGAGCGACUGGAGGAUGAGGAAGAGAUGAACGCAGAGCUGACAGCUAGGAAGAGGAAGCUGGAGGAUGAGUGUUCGGAGCUGAAAAAGGAUAUUGAUGAUCUAGAGCUGACUCUGGCCAAGGUGGAGAAGGAGAAACAUGCCACUGAGAACAAGGUCAAGAACCUCACAGAGGAGAUGGCUGGGUUGGAUGAAACCAUUGCAAAGUUAACGAAGGAAAAGAAGGCCCUGCAAGAAUCUCACCAGCAGACGCUGGAUGACCUGCAGGCAGAGGAAGACAAGGUCAACACCCUGACAAAGGCCAAACUCAAGAUGGAACAGCAAGUGGAUGACCUUGAAGGCUCCCUGGAACAGGAAAAGAAAGUCCGGAUGGACCUGGAACGGGCCAAAAGGAAGCUGGAAGGUGACUUAAAGCUGACCCAGGAGAACAUCAUGGACCUGGAGAACGACAAGCAGCAGCUGGAGGAGAAGCUCAAGAAAAAAGAAUUUGAGAUCAACCAGCAGAACAGCAAGGUUGAGGAUGAGCAGGCUCUGGCUCUGCAGCUCCAGAAGAAGCUGAAAGAGCUGCAGGCACGGAUUGAGGAGCUGGAGGAGGAGUUGGAAGCAGAGCGGACAGGCAGAGCCAAGGUGGAGAAGCUGCGCUCAGACCUUUCACGGGAGCUGGAGGAGAUCAGUGAGCGGCUGGAGGAGGCGGGUGGUGCCACAUCAGUGCAGAUCGAGCUCAACAAGAAGCGUGAGGCAGAGUUCCAGAAGAUGCGGCGGGACCUGGAGGAGGCCACGCUGCAGCACGAGGCCACGGCUGCUGCGCUGCGCAAGAAGCAUGCCGACAGUGUGGCUGAGCUCAGUGAGCAGAUUGACAACUUACAGCGCGUCAAGCAGAAGCUGGAGAAGGAGAAGAGCGACCUCAAGCUGGAGCUGGAUGACCUCAGCUCCAACAUGGAGCAACUCAUAAAAGCCAAGGUGGGCAUGGAGAAGAUCUCUCGCACCAUGGAGGACCAGGCAGCUGAACACCGGGCCAAGCUGGAAGAGACACAACGAGUCCUCAAUGACACCAGCACCCAACGGGCCAAGCUCCAGACUGAGAAUGGAGAGCUGUCCCGCCAGCUGGAGGAAAAGGAGGCCCUUGUCUCUCAAUUAACUAGGGGCAAGCAGUCAUACACCCAGCAGAUGGAGGACUUGAAGAGACAGCUGGAGGAGGAGAUGAAGGCAAAGAAUGCACUGGCCCAUGCCCUCCAGUCAGCCCGGCAUGACUGUGACCUUCUGAGGGAGCAGUAUGAGGAGGAGACAGAGGCCAAGGCUGAGCUCCAGCGCUCACUCUCCAAGGCCAACUCUGAGGUGGCACAGUGGAGGACCAAGUAUGAGACAGAUGCCAUCCAGCGCACUGAGGAACUGGAGGAAGCCAAGAAGAAGCUGGCCCAGCGGCUGCAGGAGGCUGAGGAGGCAGUGGAGGCGGUCAAUGCCAAGUGUUCCUCCCUGGAGAAGACCAAACACCGGCUGCAAAAUGAGAUUGAGGACCUGAUGGCAGAUGUGGAGCGAUCAAAUGCAGCAGCUGCUGCGUUGGACAAGAAGCAGAGAAACUUUGAUAAGAUCUUAUCUGAGUGGAAGCAGAAGUUUGAAGAGUCACAGAUGGAGCUGGAGGCAUCACAGAAAGAGGCCAGGUCCCUCAGCACUGAGCUCUUCAAGCUGAAGAAUGCAUAUGAGGAGUCGCUUGAGCACCUGGAGACCUUCAAAAGGGAGAACAAGGUGGCUGCUGAAGCUCAGUCCCACCUGAAAGGAGCCCAGGCUCACCUCAAGGACACCCAGCUGCAGCUGGAUGAUGUGGUAAGAGCCAAUGAAGACCUGAAGGAGAAUAUUGCCAUCGUGGAAAGGAGAAACAACCUUCUCCAAUCCGAGCUGGAGGAGAUGCAGGCAGUGGUGGAACAGACUGAGAGGGCUCGCAAGCUGGCCGAACAGGAGCUGAUUGAGGCCAGCGAGAGGGUCCAGCUUCUCCACUCACAGAAUACCAGCCUCAUCAACCAGAAGAAGAAGAUGGAGGCCGACAUCUCCCAGCUGCAGACAGAGGUGGAAGAGGCCAUCCAGGAGUGCAGGAAUGCUGAGGAGAAGGCCAAGAAAGCCAUCACUGAUGCGGCCAUGAUGGCCGAGGAGCUGAAGAAGGAGCAGGACACCAGCGCCCAUCUGGAGCGGAUGAAGAAGAACAUGGAGCAGACCAUCAAGGACCUGCAGAUGAGGCUGGAUGAGGCCGAGCAGCUGGCCCUCAAAGGGGGCAAGAAGCAGCUGCAGAAGCUGGAGGCUCGAGUGAGGGAGCUGGAGAAUGAGCUGGAGGCUGAGCAGAAGCGCAAUGCUGAGAGCAUUAAGGGUCUCCGCAAGUCCGAGCGUCGUGUCAAGGAGCUGAGCUACCAGACGGAGGAGGACCGUAAAAAUAUGGUCCGGCUCCAGGACCUUGUGGACAAGCUCCAGCUGAAGGUCAAGGCCUACAAGCGACAGGCAGAGGAGGCGGAGGAACAGGCCAACACCAACCUGGCCAAGUUCCGCAAGGCACAGCACGAGCUGGAUGAGGCAGAGGAGCGUGCCGACAUCGCCGAGUCCCAGGUCAACAAGCUGCGGGCCAAGAGCCGCGAUAUUGGAGCCAAGAAGGGACUCAAUGAAGAGUGAAGAUCUGGAUCCCUAAGUAUCCUACCUGAACUCGCAGCUGUCCCAUUUAGACUUCCAAGUGCCCAACUCCCCCUAGCCCCUCAAGCUUGGAAAUCCAAUAAAAACCAUUGAGCAGCA